GGCUGAACAUGCGAUCGGAAUCUGGAGUGCGCAGUGACGAAGGCGCAGCAGCCACCGAGUUAAGCGGCCGACUCGGAAGCGCUGCUCUCUCAAGUCCUCCACCUCCAUCCCGCCCUCCGCCAGUCCCUCUGCCCCGACGUAGUCCCCGCUGUCCUCGUACAGAGGUCGACUCGUCGCCGACAUGAUGACGCCCAUGCGUUAUGUGAUACUGGUGCUGGCCAUCAUUAUCAGUUUGCACUUCAUUCUGAGCUUCUCGCACGAGGAGUAUGGCCGGGCUACCUCCAUUACGCGCAUCAAGGAGCAACUGCAGAACGCGCCAGGCUCAAAGACGUAUGAGACGUACCCUGCGCCUGGAGCUAACUACUCGAGCAACCCGGAGAGGGUGAACGCUACCUUCAUCCUGCUCGCGCGGAAUAGCGACUUGAGCGGCAUUGUCAGCAGCGUGAAACAGAACGAGGAUCGCUUCAACAAACAGUACAAGUACCCAUACGUCUUCCUGAACGAGGAGCCAUUCAGCGACGAGUUCAAGAACAUGAUUCUCGAGAUCACUGACUCAAAAGUCGAGUUCGGCUUGAUUCCCCAUGACCAUUGGUAUCAACCUUCCUGGGUCGACGAGAUGAAGGCCUCGGAGGCCCGCAAACAGAUGAUCAAGGACCAGGUCAUUUACGGAGGGAGUGUACCCUACCGUAACAUGUGCCGCUUCAACUCAGGUUUCUUCUACCGGCACGAACUGCUUGCCAAGUAUAAGUACUACUGGCGAAUUGAGCCCGACGUCACCUUCUUCUGUGACUUGCACUAUGAUCCAUUCAGAGUGAUGCAAGAUGGCAACAAGGUCUACGGCUUCACAAUCUCUCUGUAUGAGUAUCCCAAGACGAUACCUACUCUUUGGGAUACGGUGAAAGAGUUUAUCCACAACAACUCCGACCUCGUCCCACCAGGCAAUGCUAUGUCCUUCAUCUCCGACGACAACGGCGAGACCUACAACAACUGCCACUUUUGGAGUAACUUCGAGAUCGGCGACCUUGACUUCUGGCGCGGCGAGGCGUACACCAAGUUCUUCGAUUUCUUAGAUCAGAAAGGCGGCUUCUACUACGAGCGAUGGGGCGACGCACCCGUCCACAGCAUCGGCGCUGCACUCCUCGCUAAGAAAGAACAGAUCCACUUUUUCAACGACAUCGGUUACCGGCACAAUCCCUUCCAGCACUGUCCACAGGGCGACCUGCACCACAAGGGCCAGUGUUGGUGCGACCCCAAGGAAAACUUCGACUACGAGUGGUACAGCUGUUUGAAGCGAUACGACGCGAUGCUCUGAGCCGUAUCCUCGUCCUUGUCUUGUGUACUUGCAAUACGUACUGUCUGCCUAUCCUUAAUUCUAUUUUCUUGCCAUGGGACGGACACUUGAAGCUGUUGGUGACGACGGGCACACAUGUUCCUCUCCAAAUUUAAUUGGGUGAAGGCUGUGUUUUGCCAAUGGCACAAAGGCUGACUGUAUAAUUGCACUGAUUAUUACUGGAGUCACUGGCAUGGCAACGAUGCUGCUAGGCGCACGCCUGAAAGUGAAGUCAG